UAUAGCUCUCGCGUUCUCUCGCCCUUCUUUCGGACAACGAGAAAACCCAAGAGAGAGGAGAGGCGGAUCCACGCUGUGAGGGUUUCACCUCCUCGUCCCCCCUCCUCAAUCCCGUCCGCCCUCUAUAUCACCUCCCCUCUUCCCCUCCUCGCCCUUCUCCCCUUAUAGAAGUCCACGAUUCCCCCCUCCUUUAUACGAUUAAAACAAAACGAUCAAAAAAAAUUAAAUCGAAGCGCCCGUCCCAAUCCCUCACCUCAAAAACGCCAUCUCCAGGUACUCCACAACCCCUUGAUUCUUCCUAUAUUUUUUGUUCUUGAUCGAUCUCCCAAGAAACUGGAGAGAGUUCACCUGCAUCAACGAACGGAAACCUUCGAAAGAUUUCUUAGAAAAAUCCUCGAAUUCUUGAAUUAUAGAGCCUUCGAGUUCCCAAAGCUUCUCUCCGCUUCUUGUUUCCGCGAAUUAGGGUUUUGCCUCCAUGAGCCGGAGGUUGAGGAGGCGAGGCGCGCAGUCUAAGGGUAAGGCGAAGGUCAUCAUCUCCCCGGUCUUCCCCGAGACCGCCGAGGACUGCGAGAUCCCCCGCCCCGGCGGCGGCGGCGGCGGCCACUGGGCCGGGGAGGCUGCCGUGGACUGGACCUGCCUCGCCGACGAUACCGUGGUCCAGCUCUUCUCCUGCCUCAAUUACCGGGACCGCGCCAGCCUCGCUUCCACCUGCCGCACCUGGCGCCUCCUCGGCUCCUCCCCUUGCCUCUGGACCAGUCUUGACCUCCGCGCCCACCGCUGCGACCCCGACACCGCUGCCGCCCUUGCCGGCCGGUGCGCCCACCUCCGCCACCUCCGCUUCCGGGGCGCAGAUGCUGCCGCUGCUGUCAUGAACCUUCAGGCCCGCGGACUGCAAGAGAUUGCCGGGGAGUACUGCAGUGACAUCACCGAUGCCACGCUGUCGGUGAUUGCUGCCCGCCACGAGGCCCUUGAGAGCCUCCAGAUCGCUCCUGACCUGUGCGAGAGAAUCACCAGCGAUGCUAUCCGUCAUGUUGCCAUGUGCUGCACGAAGUUGAGGAGGCUGCGCCUCUCCGGCAUCCGAGAGGUUGACGGAGAGGCAGUUGGGGCCCUUGCGAGGCACUGCCCGCAGUUGGAGGAGAUUGCCUUCUUGGACUGUGGGAGCAUCGACGAGACUGCUCUUGGGAAGGUGGCGUCCCUGAGAUUCUUAUCCGUGGCAGGGUCACGAAACUUGAAGUGGGCUACUGCCUCCCUUUCCUGGAGCAAGCUUCCAAACUUGAUUGGUUUGGAUGUUUCAAGGACCGACGUGUCUCCAAGUGCCGUCUCAAGGCUUCUCUCCCUGUCCAAAAGCUUGAAGGUAUUGUGCGCUCUAAACUGUGUGGCACUCGAGGAGGAAGGGAGUCACAGUCCGAUGGCAUUUAGCAAUACCAGGGGCAAGCUGCUGCUUGCCCUUUUCAAUGAUAUUCUCAAAGGAAUUGCAUCUUUGUUCAAGGGCAUUGUGGUAAAGGAGCAGGGAAUCUUUGGGGAAUGGAGAAGUUGGAAAACUAAGGAUAAGAACCUGAAUGAUAUCAUGAGCUGGAUUGAGUGGAUCCUACCGCAAUCACUGCUUCGUAUCGCGGAGACUAACCCACGCGGCAUUGAUGAGUUUUGGUUAAGGCAAGGUGCUGCAUUGUUGCUGAGCUUGGUGAAGAGCUCACAGGAGGAUGUGCAAGAGAGAGCAGCAACUGGGCUUGCUACAUUUGUGGUGAUUGAUGAUGAGAAUGCAACGGUGGACCCGGCAAGGGCAGAGGUGGUGAUGCGGAAUGGUGGGAUACCUUUGCUUUUGGAGCUUGCAAAGUCUUGUCGUGAGGGUUUACAGUCUGAAGCUGCAAAGGCCAUUGCGAAUUUGUCAGUGAAUGCCAAAGUUGCGAAGGCAGUUGCUGAUGAAGGGGGUAUCAAUAUUCUUGCAGAUCUGGCAAGAUCCAUGAACAGGUUGGUUGCUGAAGAGGCUGCCGGGGGGCUUUGGAACCUUUCGGUGGGAGAAGAGCACAAGGCGGCCAUUGCUGAGGCUGGUGGGGUAAAAGCUUUGGUGGAUCUGAUUUUCAAAUGGCCCUCUGGGAUAGAUGGAGUUCUUGAACGUGCUGCUGGUGCCCUUGCAAAUUUGGCUGCCGAUGACAAAUGCAGCAUGGAGGUUGCUGUGGCUGGUGGUGUCCAUGCAUUAGUAAAGCUUGCUCGGUUGUGCAUGGUUGAGGGAGUACAAGAACAGGCUGCUCGGGCUUUAGCUAAUCUGGCUGCUCAUGGAGAUAGCAAUAAUAAUAAUGCUGCUGUCGGUCAAGAGGCAGGUGCACUUGAGGCAUUGGUGCAACUAACUUGUUCUCAAAAUGAAGGUGUAAGACAAGAAGCUGCUGGUGCUUUGUGGAAUUUAUCAUUUGAUGAUAGAAAUCGAGAAGCAAUUGCUGCAGUUGGUGGGGUUGAAGCCUUGGUGGCUCUUGCACAAGGAUGUUCAAACGCUUCUCAAGGACUUCAAGAGAGGGCUGCAGGUGCUUUGUGGGGAUUGUCAGUAUCAGAAGCUAAUAGCAUUGCCAUUGGACGACAAGGUGGUGUUGCACCUCUAAUUGCAUUGGCAAGGUCAGAUGCUGAAGAUGUUCAUGAGACUGCUGCUGGUGCACUUUGGAAUCUUGCUUUUAAUUCUGGUAAUGCUCUUCGCAUAGUUGAAGAAGGGGGUGUUCCGUCCCUUGUACACCUGUGCACAUCGUCAGGAUCAAAAAUGGCUCGUUUUAUGGCUGCAUUGGCGCUUGCUUACAUGUUUGAUGGGAGAAUGGAUGAGGUUGCAUUGGUUGGGUCUUCUUCAGAAGGUGCUUCGAAGAGUGUUAACUUUGAUGCUGCUAGAAGGAUGGCAUUGAAGCAUAUAAAAGAUUUUGUGCUGACGUUUUCGGAACCACAACUCUUCUCCAUGGCUGCAGCAUCCUCAGCUCCUGCAACCUUGGCACAGGUAGCUGAAGCCGCACGCAUACAGGAAGCAGGACAUCUGAGAUGCAGUGGUGCUGAGAUUGGGAGAUUUGUUGCCAUGCUUCGAAACCCAUCAUCCAUUCUUCGAGCCUGUGCAGCUUUUGCUCUUCUUCAGUUCACUAUCCCAGGAGGCAGGCAUGCAAUACACCAUGCAGGCCUCUUGCAGAAAGCUGGAGCAGCACGGGUCCUACGUGCUGCUGCUGCAGCUACCACAGCUCCUAUUGAAGCGAAAAUUUUUGCGAGGAUAGUGCUCAGGAAUCUUGAACACCACCAGCUGGAAGCUUCAAUAUCAAGUUUGACAUAAAGAAAUUUUUCUUCAGCAUUUAGCAACAGUAGUUGAACUCUUUCUUUUGCCAUGCAUGAGCCUGAAAUGGUGCCUGCGUUUGAAUUCUACUCUCUGAAAAUGCCGAUUCCUUGGUUACUGAAGCUUCUGUUCCUCGAUGGAGCUUUGGCUUUCGCUCCAUUAAACUGGUUCAUAUCCUGAGACCUAGGUCCUUGACAAAUAGAAUUGAGUUGGGGCUUUCUUGUUCUUGUUAAUUAGGUAUUUAUUAAAUUGGCUUGGCUUGUCUGUGAUGAUUAGGGUGUGCGGUGCAAUUUUUCUAUUUCUUUGGAGUGUAAAAGAAGGUGCUGGCGGUUUAAGAAUACCAGUAUCUGUAAGUUUUGCACUAUGUAUUUUAACAUUCAUGAUAGUAUGUUUGUUAUUAUUACAUCAAACUAAAUGAAACUCAAGUUUGAAACUGAAGGAAACUAAAUGAUAACUGUAAAAUGUAAAUGCUACGGAUAUAUUUAUGGCUCAUUUUGGACAACAUUUCACU